AUGUUUAGCAGGGCCGUACUGGCCACAGUGGCCCUAGUUUUGGUUUCCAGGGCCGCAUCUGCCGAAUAUAAAAUCGGUGUCGGAAUUGCAGAUUGUACUGGGCCAAUUGCCGAAGUCAACUUUAUGGGUUAUGCAAAUAUAGCCCAAAAAGGCACAGGAAUCCACCUUCGACAAUUUUCAAGGGCUUUUGUCUUUGAUGAUGGAACUUCAAGAAAUGUCUUCGUCAGUGUUGACGCCGGAAUGAUUGGCCAAGCUUUGAGAAGAGAUAUUAUUGCAAACCUCCAAAAACGUUUUGGAGAUCUCUACAAUGACCAGAAUGUCCUGAUCAGUGGUACCCAUACCCAUGGUGCACCAGGAGGAUACCUGAUGGACCUGAUUUUUGACAUCACUACUUUGGGUUUUGUCAGGGAAACUUACGAGGCUAUGACUCAGGGAAUCACCCAGAGUAUAAUCCGAGCCCACAACAAUCUCGUACCUGGCCGAAUUUUCGUAUCGCAAGGUGAAUUGUUAGAAGCCAACAUUAACAGGAGCCCAGCAGCAUAUUUGAACAAUCCCGAAGAGGAAAGGGCACAGUAA